AUGGUCUCUGCCAAGACUUUGAUCGCCACCCUGGCUGCCGCUGGCGCCAUGGCUGCCGACGUGCCCUCGCUCCAAAUCAAGGGAUCCAAAUUCUUCUACCCCAAUGGCACGCAAUUCAUCAUUCGCGGCAUUGCCUACCAGCAAGACUCCUCGGCUGGUGGCAGCGACGCCCCCAAGAGCAACGCCACCUUUAUCGACUCUCUCGUGAGCAAGUCCAACUGCGAGCGCGACAUUCCCAACCUGGUGUCUCUCAACACCAACCUCAUCCGUACCUACGGCGUCGACCCCACCGGCAACCACGAUGAUUGUAUGCAGAUGCUUGCCGACGCGGGCAUCUAUGUCAUUGCCGACCUGGGAAACCCCACCAUCUCCAUCAACCGCGCCGACCCUCAGUGGAAUAUCGACCUCUUCAAGUUCUUCCAGAGCGUUGUCGACACCAUGGCCAAGUACCCCAACGUCGCGGGCUUCUUUGUCGGCAACGAGGUCACCAACAGCAACACCACAACGGGUGCCUCUGCCUAUGUCAAGGCUGCUGUCCGUGACAUGAAGCAGUACGUCAAGGACAAGGGCUACCAUACCGGAAUCGGUUACGCUGCCGACGACUCCUCGGACCUGCGCAACACGAUUGCCGAGUACAUGAACUGCGGCGACGCGUCAACCGCCGUCGACUUUUACGGAUACAACGUGUACGAGUGGUGCGGCGAUUCUACCUUUGAGACCUCGGGCUACAACCGCAUUCUUGACUUUUUCCAGUCUUACUCUGUCCCUGCUUUCUUUGCCGAGUACGGCUGCAACAAGCCUGGCGGUGCCGCCAAGCGCGAGUGGCAGGAAACUGGUGCUCUGUACACCAAGAACAUGACUGACGUUCUGAGUGGUGGUAUCGUCUACGAGUAUUUCGAGGAGGAGAACGAUUACGGUCUUGUCAAGGCUUCCGAUGGCGACAGCACCGUUACCAAGCUCGACGACUUUGCCACUCUCGAAAAGGCCAUGAAGGACAUUGACCCCCAGGGCGUCUCCAUGUCCAGCUACAGCCCCUCCGGGAAGGCUGCCUCAUGCCCCACGGUCAACUCUACCUGGGAGGCCGAGGGCAGCACGCUCCCUCCCACGCCCAACGAGGCCGCCUGCGAAUGCGCCGCCAACGCGUCCACCUGCGUCCCCAUCAGCAACCUCGACAAGUCUGCCUAUGGCGUCAUCUUCAACUACACCUGCGCCGACGCAGCCGUGUGCGCCGGCAUCAACGGCGACCCUUCCACGGGCAAGUACGGCGUCUACAGCAUGUGCUCCGACGAGCAGAAGCUGGCCAUUGUCCUCGGCGCGUACCACUCGAAGCACUCGGACGCCUCGGACUCGUGCUCUUUUGGCGGAAACGCCACGACCCAGAAGGGCUCGGGCAAGACGGACUGCUCCAAGCUGGCGCCCAGCUCCGGCAGCAACAGUAGCAGCAACUCGUCCAACAAGAACGCGGGUGCCACGGUCGGUGCUCCUGGCUAUGGCGUUGUGGCUUCUGUGGCAUCACUGGUGGCGCUGGUGGCCUCAGCGAUGGUGGCCCUGUAA